UACUUAUUGGCUAUGGAUACGGAGACUCACCACCUGCACUUUGUGGUUUUGACUCUCCCACCUCAUCGGGAGCUUCUUUCAAGAAGUUCACAAUAAAAAUUCGAGCUUUACAACCUUCAGAAGAGUGAUUAAGAAGCAUCAUGGAAUUUCCCUGCGAUGACAAUCGAAUCUCCAUUGUGGACCUCCCUGAGGAUUGCCUCCUUGCCAUUUUUCGGAAGUUGGAAAGUGACACUGAUCGCAAUUCAUUUGGCUUGACUUGUCAUCGUUGGCUUCAGAUUCAAAAUUUUGGUCGUCAAUCCUUACAAUUUUAUUGUUCUUUAACCAUUCCUAACCUCUCCCCGUUGUCUCAAGUUGUGCCUAAUAUCAACUCCUUCCAUUUAUAUAGACUACUUUCCCGCUUCCAACAGCUCAGCUCAUUGUCCCUAUCUGGGUGCACAGAGCUACCAGAUUCAGGUCUAAAUCCGUUACAAUAUUUUGGAUCAAAUUUGCAAUCCCUAUAUCUAGACUGCUGUUUUGGUAUCACAGAUAAUGGACUCUCUCUAGUGGCUACUGGAUGUCCCUCUUUGACAUCCAUUAGUCUCUACCGAUGUAGCAUUACUGAUGUUGGGUUAGAAAUCCUAGUUAAAGCUUGCAAGGCCUUGAAAGAUGUCAAUCUCUCAUAUUGUUCACUUAUUUCAGAUAUUGGAAUUAGAGCUCUCUCACGAGAAUGUCACGAAAUCCAGGCUGUAAAGAUCUCAUUUUGUAGGAACAUCUUUGGCAUUGGUUUUAAAGGAUGUUCACAGGCUUUGACUUUUUUGGAAGCUGAUUCUUGUAAGCUUGACCCUGAGGGCAUAUUGGGUGUUGUUAGUGGAGGAGGACUCGAGUACCUGAAUGUUUCUGCUCUUAGUAGUUGCAUUCGUGGGGAUGGAUUGGCUGCGAUAGGGGCAGGAUUUGCCAUGAGGCUUCGAAUCCUUAACCUUCGAAUGUGCAGGAGUGUGAGUGAUGAAUCAGUUGUGGCCAUAGCCAAAGGGUGUCCAGCACUUCAUGAGUGGAAUCUAGCACUAUGUCAUGAGGUCAAGCUUUCUGGAUGGGAGGCAGUAGGGUUUAAUUGUCAUAACUUGGAGAUCCUACAUGUAAACAGGUGUCGGAAUUUAUGUGAUCGAGGGUUCCAAGCUUUAAGAGACGGAUGCAACCGCCUCUCAGUCUUGUACAUGCAUCGGUGUUGUUGUGUUACUGUCACUGCAAUAGAGUUGUUCAAGUAUAUAAGGGGAAAUGUCAAGAUCAAGGAAGAAGAAUUGAUGUACAUUGGACCCAAGUGGCCAUUCUUUCGGUAAGGGUUUAGAGAUAUUUAUUUACCUUGAGACUUUGUUACACCAUUUUGGUUUUUAAUAUCAUUGAAAGUGAAUUAUUAUUUUCCAUCAUUUAAACCUAUGAAAAUGAAUUUCAGGAUCUAGAGAAGGGGUGUACCUCACAACAGAAUUAUAGUUUCUUCAGUUGUAUAGUUUUCUUCAAGUUUGAACCAAAUUUGGAGUUUUGAGUUUUCAACCA